UUCUUUUUCUGUCUCAUAUUGUCCACCAAACUUUUAAUGUUGUGCGUGAAUGCACAAAGUUGCCUGAAUUUCUGUAUGAUGGAAUCUUCUGUCCCCCAGACUCAAUGGCGAGUGGUCGUGCAGAACCUAUGACCCCGUAACGUCACUGGUCAGUCACGGCCUGACUGUCAUGAGGCCUUUAGUCAUGUGCUGCGAAUUACUGGAAUGUUUCUGCAAAUCCAAUAAAGAAGAAGACAGUGACAACCUAAAGCCUUCUCAAGAUGGAAAAAGGGAACCUAGGAUUUGAGACAGCACCACCCUACCCCGGCCCACCCAUGAGCUAUGGUGCAGCGCCCCAGCCUGGGUUGUACCCGUCCCCUAAUGCGGGACCCCCGAAUGUCGCUUACCUAGGAGGUCCAACUUCCACAGUGACUCACGUGGUGGUAGUGCCAUCGCUGCAAGAUUGCCCAGGACAAGCGCAGUGUCCCCACUGCCAGCAGACGGUGGUCACCCAGGUAGAACACAAAGCAGGCCUGAUGACCUGGGGCAUCUGUGGAGGCCUCGCCCUCUUCGGGUGUUUUCUCUGCUGCUGUAUACCAUUCUGUGUGGACUCCUGCAAGGAUGUGGAGCACCACUGUCCAAACUGCCAUAACACCAUCCAUGUUUACAAGCGAUGCUGAUCGCACAGUUUGAAGCAGUGACUUUUUCACCGCACUCAAAUGUUACCAAUGCUGAGAUGUUCUGUGAAGUGUGGCUGUGGCAUGGCAGAUCGUAUGAAUGCAUUAUAAAUCAGCCAGUGGUCGUCAUGAUUUAGUGCUAAAAUGCAAACCAAUUGGCAUGUUUUUCUUUGUAUCGUCCCUUAAGAUUCUAGCAACGUUAAAUGCAAAAUCAAGACUAAUGCUAAGCUUGCUUGCAAAUAUUUUUCCACAUGUAUUCAACUGUGUGUUGCAGAAAUACAAUUAAAAAAAAGAACU